UUAAAAAUAGGAUCAGCAAGAAUUUAGGAAAAGGUGACACCAGAAGAUGAGUUUGAGGGUGGAAAAGAAUAAUGAUAGAUUAGAGAGAGAAGGGAAGAGGAAGGAAGGAGAGGGGAGAGAUGGGUAUGGGAAAGGAGGAGAAUAGAAGGAAAGGAAGUGAAGAGAGGAGAAAGACCCAGGUAGGGGCCCUCUCUCUACUGCGGAGAGGAGAGGCCUUCCGCCCACCCUGGGACUGCCCCCAAGCUGUUACCUGUCCCUGGUCCAGGAGGAUUCGGGCAGCUAACUCAGCCUCCUGGAGAGAGACACACACAGACAAUACAGAAACACACGACCGUACAGAGUCACAGAUGGAGAGACAGACACAAAGAGCACAGGAUGGCGCAGGGUGCAGAGGGACCCAGGAGUUGAGGACGACUCCAGCACACGCAGAGCGGCUUUCCUGCCCCAGCUCCAUUCCCAGGCAGAUCGGGAGGAGAGGUUGUGGAAGAGGAAUCAGGACACCUCAUCUCUUCAGACUAGCAAUCCUCACUGCCACCCCUCAACACCCACACCUCCGGACCCCCCCCCUGGACUGAAAUACCAGGGUGGGGCAGCCGUGAAGCUCGGAUUUCCCAGGCUAUAUUUAGGGGCCACCCCACACUCUCAGGUAGAGGGUGAAAUUCAUAGCUCAGUGACUGGGUACUCUAAAGGUACCAGGGACAGAGUAAUGAAACUCCACAGUCCACUCUGACCUUCAACUAAAGCCUCAAGGUCAGAAACUCAAAGAAAAAGGGGCUAAAAGGGACCAAAGCAACAUGACAAAUGCGGGGAGAGGGAAAACAACAAAUAGGGACAUCUAUGUCCUACAGAUCCAAUGCCUCCCUUCCCCCCUCACUCUCCCUCCCAACUAUGAAUAAAUUAGCAUACAUUCAACAUUAGUGGGGUGUGAGGAGCAGAGCACCUGGACAGACCUGCACAGGAAGGAGUCUGCAGCCUGGGGGUGGGGUCACUUACUGGGCUCCUAUUGGCUGGAUGUAGUGGAAUUAGGGGUCAGGAUUCUCACUCCUCCUGACUCUGGGGUCUGAGAAAACACAGCAACGAGGUGAAUGACAUGGGAGACAGACCCUGGGUCUUUUAGGGACAGAUAGCCUCAGCCAAGACCCAGACUCCUGGGGUCACUAACCCUCCUAGGGUCACUAACCCUCCCCAGUCGCUACCCCCCGAGUCCAGAGAACACGUCCUCUCUAGGCAUGCACGAGAAUCAAUACAGGCUGGAGGGGCCUGCGUGUCAACACAGAACAGGUACCAGUCCAGGCUGGGGGAGGAGAGAAGGAAGUGCUGAUGUGGAGGAAAGAGCGUGGCUGUGUCAGAACCUCUGGAUCCUAAUCUCGGCUCUGCCACUACCAGCGUGACCUUGGCCCAGUCAGUUACUACUCUUGUACUCAAUUUCCUAUCUGCAAACCAGAAAACGGGGACUAGGGGAUCCCCAAGAUUUUUGACAGCUGUCUAGUAAGAUAAGGAUAGCAGAGCAUGACUGUUUCCUUCCACUUAAAAACAAACCAAAAAAAAGAAAAGCUUCGUGCCUUCGCUUCUCUCCUCCACCCAGUCUCUGCAGGUCCCGCGAGCGGAGAAAGGGAGGGGAAGGCCGUCCCGCAAUCUCCUCCCAUCUUCCCCCGACGACUAGCGAGGGCGAGCGCCAGCCGGGACAGGAUAGACCCAGUGGUGGGGACAGAUAUGGGAAAGACGAACCCAGGGUACAGACACCCCACGACUUCGACUCCGCCAGCCCGGAAACAGAGAGCUAGAUUAAGGAAGGAGGAGUCCUCCCUUUCCCUCCUCCCUCUCCCCCCACUGUCUUCCCCCACCUCUAGCUGACCAUGGUAUCUGAAGCAGAGAAGACAUUCCAGCGGUUUGCUACCUUUGGAGAAUCGUCAAGCAGUGGCACUGAAAUGAACAACAAGAACUUCUCCAAGCUAUGCAAAGACUGUGGCAUCAUGGAUGGCAAGAGGGUCACCUCCACGGAUGUGGACAUUGUAUUCAGCAAAGUCAAGGUCAAGAAUGCCCGAACCAUCACAUUUCAGCAGUUCAAAGAGGCAAUGAAGGAACUUGGCCAGAAGCGGUUAAAGGUGAAGAGUGAAGACGAAGCCCUGGAGAACAUCUAUAAACUCAUGGAGGGCAAGGACCCAGCCACCACCGGUGUUACUAAAGCAACAACAGCGGGUGCAGUGGACCGUCUGACAGACACCAGCAAGUACACCGGCAGUCACAAGGAGCGCUUUGAUGAGAGUGGCAAGGGCAAGGGCAUCGCAGGACGGGAAGAGACAACUGACAACUCUGGCUACGUGAGUGGCUACAAGGGUGCUGGCACCUAUGAUAAGAAGAAGUAAUGAGCAGCCUCGUCUUAGCCUAGUAGCCCCCUGACCCUGCAUCUUUAACACCAAGGAGCUGGGGAAACAAUAAACAUCUGUGUGUGCAGCAA